ACCGAGGCGGCGGGGCGAGGCGAGGCGGAAGUUCGGCGGGCGGGGAAGGGCCCGGGCUGCCCGCGGGCCGCCGCCGGAGCCGGGGCGCUGGGCGCUAUGAGCGAGGGUGGCCCCGCGUCCCCCGGCCGGAGCGGGGCGGCCCCGCCGCCGCCGCCCCCCAGCGACAGGAAGCGGGAGACGCUGGCGGCCGGAUCCCCGAUUCAGCCCAUCAUAAAGGAUGUUGGGGAAAUCUAUUCAAGACUACUGGAUCACAGACCAGUAAUUCAGGGAGAAAUACGUUACUUUGUUAAAGAAUUUGAAGAAAAACGGGGCCUCCGAGAACUACGAGUACUUGAAAAUCUAAAGAACACAAUCUUUGAAACAAAUGAACAUGUUCUUCCUAAGUGUGAGCAGGCCAUGCCUGGCAAUUUGAAUGAAAUAUUCAAGAGAUUGCAAGCUGCCAAUGAAAUGAUGCAUAGACUUCAAGAGAGGGAGCAUGAAGAGAGGAAGCUGGAGGCGGACAAGCUGAUGGCUCGUGAAGAGAAGCGCGCAGCCCACUGGGAGGAAUUCAGGAAAGAACAACAAAACAAACGAGCCGAGGUAGAUGAAGAGCACAGAAGAGCUAUGGAGCGCCUCAAAGAGCAGUAUUCUGAGAUGGAGAAGGAACUGGCCAAAUACAUUUCUUUUUAAGACCUUUCUUUUUUAAUAAUGCUGGGUUUGUGCCAAUACUCUGUUGCUUCUGACUUGAAUUGAGAUUCUUUUGGAAAGCUGAAACAAAGAAGAAAAAAGGAGAAGGUUUAGUAUGGGAAGAAAAGUUUUGCAUACUUUCAACUUAAGUGCCUCCCUAUGCUUGUUUCGUUCAGGGUAAGUGGAAUGCCAGUAUUUCUUCAUUUGUUGAAAGGUGGGACUGGAAAUUACCUUGUGUGACUACAUCAGCUCAGGGAGUUGCAAACUGGAAUUCUCUUCCAUCGUAUCAUUUGGGAAGACAGAGACUAAUGUAACAUUAGCUAUCCCAGUGUACAGCCACAGCCCUUUCCCAAAAAGUCGGUGUAAAAGUUUCCAGCCACUUGGAAAACUGCAACUCCCAUUCAUAGAUUUCAGGAAAACCAACUUGUUUUAUGGAAUACUUUACUUUGAAGCUUCAGCAAUGAAAGGUCUCUACAGACUUUUAAAUCCAGUUGUAAUUCCAACUUUUGGGUUGAGAGUUGGAGUUGAGAUCUAAAUGGUUUUUGCUAACAUAAAAAUGGCUAAAUGAGCUUGGACAACAACUUCCAUUUAUUUUCUCGCCCUGUAAAUGUCUUGGACCUCUCUUUUUAAGCUUCACUGUUCUAAGCAAAGCCAAAACAAACUCAAAAGUAAUCAUGAGAAGCAUAUCAGGCUUUGUAUUAGCUUCGUAGCUAGUACAGUAUUUACCUUAAAUAUUUGCCAUGCUGUUGGUUUACUUAGGAUAAGCUUGUCAGAACUUUAUAGGGCAGGUGAGGAAAGAUUUUUGUUUCUUUGUCAGCAUAACAAGUGAGCAGAUUAGUGGUAAAAUGCCUGUAGUACUGAUCUGUUUUCUUACUAACUGUUACUCUUAACGGGGUUUGUGAAGCUCCUGUAUUGCUUUCCUUUAUUUACAACUUGCAGUUAACACCAGCGUAACUGAAGAAGUUAACUUAAUCAGCUCAUUAACCAAGCAAAAUGAGACACAGUACCUUAAUGAAAUUUGCUGCAAGCUAACCGGUACUACAGGAAAUAUCUUUCCAUAAUUUAACUGGUGUCCAAUAUAGAAUGGAAACAGGUAAAAAUAAACAGAGUUUACGCUUUACCUGUCUUGCAACAGUAAUAUGCCAACAGUGGCUGCUUGUCUGAGUCUAUGGCUUGGUGUCAAGGCUCCGUUCCUGGCAGCAUGUUGAUAGUGUGAUUAAAGUUAGUAGACGAGAUGGAAUAAGUAUUUGAGAUUUCUUUCAAUAACACUGAAUUCUUGCCAAGCUGCUCUGCCCACUACUGUAGGCCAAACAGCUUCAUCAAUCAUCAUACUCUAUCUGGAUUGAAAAGAGGAUUUGCCGACACUGGGGCACGCUGGAAUGCUGUUAAUUCUCUGCUGUGGAUGGAAAAAAUGUAGAUGUCUCAAAAGUAUCCCACACAUGAAAAAUAGGAAAGCCUCUUGUAGAACAACCCCUGUUUGAAUAGAAGGUGACCUCUGUAAUAUUUUUCAGCUUAUGUACCCAUGAUGAAUGUGGUAACUAAGCUCAGACUUUAAUUUAAAAAGAAAAUGUUAGUUCUUGCCCGUCUUUAGAACUGGGUCUGGAAUAGUUUUGAUUGUUUUGAGCACAGCAUGAAGAUGGCUUCUAUCUUACCAGAUUAUUUGAUGUAUAUGCGCUCAAAGCCCGAAUAUCUUUAUAACAAAAUGCAUUUAACUGCAUACUGAAUUAUUUUUUACUUUUGCACUGAUAACUUUUAUUAAGAUAUCUAAUUAACUGUGCACUGGAGCUGUAAAUUUUAGUAUUUCAUCAGUUUGAGGGCUCUUAAGCAAUGAUACAAGUGUUGCAAGUUGGAUAUUCACUGGAAAAUAAAGCUGUAUUUCCAAAAUUG